AUGGCGUCUGCUACGGGAGUAAAGCAGGGUUCAUCCUGGAUUCAAAAGAAAAUUAAUCUUCGACCUGUUCAACGAGGAUGUCAUUUGAUAACCGAUGAAAUUUUAAAGGAAAUCCCAGAACUUUUUAGGUUCGACGUUGGACUUUUUCAUGUUCAAAUAAUGCAUACUUCUGCUAGCCUUGCUCUAAAUGAGAACUGGGAUCCAGAUGUUCGGCAAGAUGUUGAGAUGUUUCUAACCCAGUUGGUACCAGAAAGUACACCUUUUCGUCAUUCUUGUGAAGGUCCUGAUGACAUGCCUGCUCAUAUCAAGGCUUGUUUUAUUGGCUCUAGUCUCUCUAUUCCUGUGUCAGAUGGAAAGCUAAAUCUUGGAACAUGGCAAGGGAUAUGGCUGUGUGAGCACAGAAAUCGAGCUGGAUCAAGAAAGGUGAUUGUAACAGUUAAUGGAUCUUUGAAGGAGUGACAGAAUGCUUCUUUUGCAAUUAUCAGUGUUUUCAAAAGAAUUAUCUUUUUUCAUCCUUGUAAUUUUUCACUUUAACGAUUUCAUUUCUCUUUCAAUUUAUUAGUGGAAGGACCAGUAGCUCUUUUAGGUUAUAUUUGUUUUUUCCUAAGAAUUAGAUUAGUUGGAAUGAACUAAAUUUAAUUAACUUUUUGCUGUGGUAGCAGGAUUACAUAAGGAAAACUUUUAUACAUAUAAAUACAGUUUGAAAGGUGUGAGGACAAGAAAAGAUUCAAGAAACUGUAUAAGUUUACAGUGAACGUUUGUUUUUUCUUUUUUUUUUAUGGUAGUUAUCUUUUUAUUUUAAAAGAUUGGUCUUCCAAAAUUACAUAAAGUGUAGUACUGAUUGUUCAUGUCAUCUUCAUUAAUGCACAAAACCAUGGAAGCAUAUUUCAUUGCUGUGUGACCCAUAUUUGUUUGAUUUAGAGUAUUGACAUUUGCACAUGGGCAUCCACAGAAAUUUCUCUAGAGGGGGCAAAGUAUAAAUCAACAUAUAUAUAUAUAUAUAUAUA